AUGGAUCUGCCCGUGGAUGAGUGGAAAUCAUACGUACUUCAGAAGUGGUCUUUGCUCCCCAAGUCCAUUCAGGUUACAAUUUCUACAGCAGAGACUUUAAGCGAUAUCUUUCUUCACUCAUCUUCGCUUCUUCAACCGGAGGAUGAGAUGUUUUUAAAAAGGCUUUCUAGAGGUUACCUUGUUGGAAAGGACCCCAGCGCUCCCCUUUUCUACAGAGAAGAAGGAAACAGAAAAUUUCAGAAGAGGGAUUAUAUGGGAGCCACAGUGCUGUACUCUAAGGGAGUAUCUUAUUCAAGGCCCAACUCUGAGGACAUUUCACUGUGUUACGCCAAUCGCUCUGCAGCCCUCUUCCACCUGGGUCAGUAUGAGACAUGCCUUAAAGACAUCGUCAGAGCACAGACGCAUGGAUAUCCAGAAAGAUUGCAACCCAAGUUGCUGUUGCGUAAGGCAGAGUGUCUGGUGACCCUGGGGAGACCACACGAGGCAAGCCAGACCAUCAGUGAUCUUGAAAGUAACUUUGCUGCCAAACCAACCCUAGCAGCUUCCCAAUUUCAGAUUCUGCAGAGAACCCUCUGUCGUCUGAAAGUAAAGGUACAAGAAAAGGAGAAUCUCACAGAAACCUCCCCAGCAGCUCUAACCAAAGCCUUUGAGGAUAUGGACCUAAGGGAAGAGAAUGAACAGAUUUCCAGCACAUCAUCAUCUGUCAGCUUAUGUACAGACCCUUUAAAAGGCCGCUAUCUGGUUGCCACAAAAGAUAUUCUCCCAGGAGAGCUUCUGGUGAAAGAGGAUGCUUUUGUGAGUGUCCUUAACCCAGGAGAAAUGCCACUAUGGCAUCAUGGCCUCGAGAGCAAGUGGGAUACCAGAGCUACCAAUGGGGACCUCUACUGUCACCGAUGUUUGAAGCACACUUUGGCCCCAGUUCCCUGUGAUGGAUGCAGCUAUGCCAAGUAUUGCAGCCAAGAGUGUUUGCAGCAGGCCUGGGAUCUCUACCAUAGUAUAGAGUGUUCUCUAGGGGGGCUGCUUCUCACACUGGGUGUUUUUUGCCACAUUGCCCUGAGGUCGACUCUUUUAGCUAGAUUUGAGGAAGCUGGCAGAGUCAUAAAUAAGCUUUGUGGUGAGAUUACUAACAGGGACAUCUGUUUACCUGAAAGCAAGAAUCUGGCACAAAUACUCAGUUAUGACCUGGGAGGGGAGAGUAAAAAAAAGGGCAAAACAGUUGAGACCCCGAUUCCUGGGUGUGAUAUUAAUGGGAAAUACGAAAAUAAUUAUAAUGCUGUCUUCAGCCUUUUACCCCAUACCGGAAACCAUAGCCCUGUGCACAAAUUCCUCUGUGCACUGAGUGUUUCUGCACUGUGCAGGCAGCUCGAAGCAGCCAGUCUACAGGCCUUCACAACAGGUCUGAAAUCGUCUAAGCUGAAAGCAGCAGCGGCUCCUGUGUUGUAUCCAGAGUUGAAAAUUUGGGGAGUGGCCAUGCUGAGACACAUGUUACAGCUACAGUGUAAUGCUCAGGCAAUAACAACCAUACAGCAAACAGGAUCUGAAGAGAACCUCAUUACCGACAGCAGGCAGGUGCGCCUUGCCACGGGGCUGUUCCCCGUCAUCAGCCUCCUGAACCAUUCGUGCAGCCCCAAUACCAGCGUGUCCUUCAUUAGCACCGUCGCCACCGUUCGGGCAUCUCAGCAGAUUAAAAAAGGGCAAGAGAUUCUCCACUGCUAUGGGCCCCACGAGAGCAGGAUGGGUGUUGCCGAGAGGCGCCAGAAGCUGAGGUCUCAAUAUUUCUUUGACUGCAACUGUCCCCCUUGUGAACGUGAGAAGCAGAGACCCUCACAGGGGCCCAGGCGGGAAGCCUUCUGUUGUCACCGUUGCAGAGCACUCCUUCAGGGAGAUGAUGUUCUGAGCUGUGGCAGCACAUCUUGUACGGAAUCAGUCAGCAGAGAUCACCUAGUCUCUGAGCUACAGGACCUUCAGCAGCAGGUGGGGAUGGCCCGGAAGCUUCUCAGAAAUGGCGAACUAGAGCGAGCCAUUCAGCUGUUGUUGGGAUGCCGGCACGAUGCUGAGAGCUUCCUGUUGGCAGAACACAGCAUGGUGGGAGAAAUCGAGGAUGACCUGGCCCAGGCCUAUGCUGCCUUAGGGGACUGGGAGAAGUCAGCCGCCCAUCUACAGAAGAGUCUCCGAGUGGUUGAGGUUCGCCACGGGCCAACCAGUGUUGAGAUGGGCCAUGAACUCUUCAAACUGGCCCAAGUCUUCUUCAAUGGGUUUGCAAUACCCGAAGCUCUGAACACAGUACAGCAGGCAGAAAAGGUUCUGCUGGUGCACUAUGGCCCUUGGAAUGACGAGAUCCAGGAGCUACAAAAGAUGAAAUCUUGUUUGUUGGACUUGCCGCCCAUCCCUGUGGGACCCAACGAAUAG